GGGUACCUGAGGGACCUGUGGAUCCAGCGCGCAUGGCGGUGCCGUUCUGGGACUCUCCUCUAAGCCACGGCAUGAACGUGCUGGUGGGCUUCAUCCUGUGCUUCACUAUGCUCGGGCUUGGCUGCACGGUGGAAAUCAGUCAGAUGGGCGAACAUGUCCGCAGGCCGGUUGGGGUGCUGCUUGCAGGUAUCUGCCAGUUCGUCAUCAUGCCGCUGGUGGCAUUCCUACUGGCACUCGCCUUCUCCCUGGAUGAUGUGGCAGCUGUUGCAGUGCUACUGUGCGGGUGCUGCCCCGGGGGCAACCUUUCCAACCUCAUGACCUUAUUCGUUAACGGCGAGAUGAACCUCAGUGUUAUAAUGACCAUCUCUAGCACAGUGCUGGCACUGGUGCUGUUACCGCUGUGUCUGUGGCUGUACAGUAGACCGUGGAUUGAUACGCCGGUGGUGCAGCUGCUGCCACUUGGUGCUGUUACACUCACAUUAUGCAGCACCCUCAUCCCUAUUGGACUGGGAGUGGCUCUCAGGUACUUCUACCCCCGAGCUGCCGACAUUGUGCUCAAGGUGUCACUGUGGCUCAUGCUCAUCACACUUUUGCUGCUAUUUGUCAUGACAGGGGUCAUGCUGGGGCCUGAGCUGCUGGCAACCAUUCCUCCUGCAGUAUAUGUAGUGGCUGUACUAAUGCCAAUGGCAGGCUAUGCAGCUGGUUAUGGCAUGGCAAUGCUUUUUUCACUGCCACCCAACAGCUGCCGCACAGUGUCACUGGAGACUGGCUGCCAAAAUGUUCAGCUCUGCACUGCCAUACUAAAACUGGCUUUUCCACCACAGCUCAUGGGGGCGAUGUACAUGUUCCCACUCCUUUAUGCACUUUUCCAGGCAGCCGAGGCUGGCAUCUUCAUCCUGGUCUACCGUGCAUAUAGGACUGAGGUGCUACGGAAACAGGAACUCAAUGAAGAUGAUGAUGACACCAACAUUACAUAUAAAACACUAAAAGAAGAGGAUGGGCCAUUCGAUGCUGCUUAUGGUUCAGUGACUGUGAGUGAUCCCAAUGCCUUUGAGCUGCAGACUCAGGAAGCAUUAGAAAGCCCCACACCUCUAUAA